CUUCCGUGUAUUCUCAAUGCGCAUGCGCAGACCUCCAAAAAAAGGAAAGAAUUUGUUUUCUGGAAAAUGGCCACCAACCAGGUAUGGAGGUUGAAACGCUAUGGGCGUUUCGUCCCAGGCAUCAAAGACAAAAGAGGACAGCCUUGGAAGGUAUUUAAGACAAAUGACAGUAAACCUGAGAUUGUCCUUACAAUUGUGGAAUCUGGAUAUUUGCUCAUAUUGCAAGGACAGGAAAGCUUGGAUACAAUCCCAUUGCUCUGUGGCUCAGACUCUCUCAAAGUACAGCAGAAAUCUGAUAACCUGAUGCUUCAAGUUACUGUGAAGGGAGAAAGUCGCAUGAUAAGGAUGCAGUUUGAUGGAAGUAGCAGGGCAGAGGCUAUAAAGGAGUGUUCAAGUGCUGUGGAAAAACUGAUGGAGUACUUGCCUGUCGCCACUCAGGAUGACACCCCACCACCCCAUAAUCACCCCCCUACUGAAGUCUCUGCACCAGUGAUACAGGUUGCCAACUUUACAGUUCACUAAAUAAAUUGUCUUUUCUGUUACCAGCACCGACACUGACAAAAUGUGUUGCCUAUAGAAAUCCCCUAAAAUACGGCUGUGACAUUAAGAGUCUGGUUUGUAGCUGCUGCUUUUUUCUCCCUGUCAUAGUCCUUGUUUGAUGGGAAUGAGACAUUGAUCUCUAUGCAACCGUGUAUUUUAUUCUAUUUUUAAAAAUUUAAAAUAUAUCAGUGUAAUGUAAAUUGCCGUAGCUGAAGAUAUGCAUUUAUUAUUCACUGCUUAGUCAACAGUAUUGUCACAAUGCUGUGGUCAGCUUCAUCAACAGUGGCCAUAUCAUCCUCACUAGAUGGUGCUAUUUGCAAUACUGUUUUAUUCUUAGAGGUGACACUACAACUGCAGUAGGUGGAGUGAGAUAGACUAUAUACUGCACAUGUCUCAAUUGCCAAUUACAAUGCAAUAUAUGGUGUAGAAUACAGUAUGUCCCACCCCAAACACACACACACACACAGACAGGAAUGUAGAACAAUAAUAUAAUUAAUUCAUAAAUACAACCAUCAAAGUGGCAUACCCCUUAAGCCACUGAAGAAAAUAGUUCUUAAUAUUGCCUGUAACAGUCGAAUUGUUGAUAAGGAAAACAAACAUUUUUGUCCAAAAGCUAAAAACCAACAACAAUGACAACAAAAGGAAAAGAAAAAACAUUGUCAUCAAAGCAUUUAACCAGCUGAAAUGUACACUCUACAAAUGACACAGGGAUGAAAUUGUUGGUGUCUCAUGUCAGUACUUGCCUUUUAUUUACUUUCAAACUUGAAAACACUCAAGAGGAUAUGGUUAAUUAGAAACUGGAUUCUGAGUUAAACUUAGAUCCAGCUCCUCUGGGCUUCAUAACAUUUAACACGAAGGACUGAGAAAGGAAUGGACUCUGCCACAGGGUUGAAUUUGACCUUUAACAAACAGACUCACUGAAGGAGUUCACAGUGAAGAUGAAAGGGCUUUGAGGGGUGGAUAUCUUUCAAUUAGUAAUGAAGUCAUUGAUUGGCCUCUUAACCCUGUGGUGUCAUGCCGGGUUUUUCAAAUCUUUUUUCUUCUUUUGUGUGUCACCCUGUGUCUGCAAACUUGGCAGGAAAAGGCUGUUGGAGUUGAGGCUGAGGUUGUCCAAGGAUCAGUGUCCAUCAAGCAUCUUACACAGGUAUCCAUUCUUAAAAGUUAGAGGAAGCAAACAGCAGGUUAUCCACAGCUAUCAGCUGCUAAAAUUAAUCAGUCACUGUGCAAUAUAUUGAUUGUAAAUUUGUGUUAAGUUUAACUAAGGAGACAAUGUUUUUAUUGAUUCUUACUGAGGUAAAGGGUUCUCAGUGAAUUCACUUUGAACUGUUUCCCAUUUUCUCACUGAAAUAUUCUUUGGACCAUCCACAGCACUUCCUGGGAGAGACUGCUGUCACUCUACCUCAAGUAUAUCACCACGAUUCUUUGGCACAGGGUGACUUGGAGCCAAUCCUUCGUGUUUGUUUGCUGGAUCCCAGCUUUCCUGCAUUUGUGGAGAAGGUGGAAGGGGAGCUGCGGAAAUUGCUUCAAGAGUGAAGACUUAACAACAGCUGAAGGCAGAUAGGUCAAGUCAGUGCAAUGGGUUUUUUCUUAUACAGUUUGUGUAGGCAGUACCUGGUGGUGGUUUCUUGCUGUGCUGCCAAUGAUGAAAUGUUGUUACAUAUUAGUUGUUAUGGUAUAUGGCCCAAAGAGGAUGUUUUCAGUUGCAUCGAAUUUAGGUGUUCAGAGGAAGAAUUUGCAAAAAUCUAGAUUCAUUUUUUAACGUUUUAUUCAGAAAAAAAGUAUUGGUCUCACUCAUGUUUGAUCGUGGCUAUAUACUCUGGUCCCUCUGUUCCCACCUUAAUGCAGGUCCAUUCCCACCGCAACACACAUGGAUACAUUGUAUUGAAAGAGGAGUCAUGCAGCUACAGCAGUGAAUUUUGCUAUGCCAGCUUCCAAGUGAUCCCACAAUAUUAAAGCUUCACUGAGUAAAACAAA